GCGUGGAGAAGUGCCACCUCAUGAUCGUGAGUCAGACAGGUGAGCGUCAGGGAGACGCACGCGAUCAUGGGGCGCUACAGCGGGAAGACGUGCCGCCUGAUCCUGAUGCUGGUCAUCACCGUCAUCUUCUUCGUGGCGGAGAUCGUGGCGGGGUACAUGGGCAACUCCAUCGCGCUGGUCUCGGACUCCUUCAACAUGCUGUCGGACAUCCUGUCGCUGUGCGUCGGGCUGACGGCGGCGCGCGUGUCGCGGCGCGCGGGCUCGGGGCGCUUCACGUACGGAAUGGGUCGCGCGGAGGUGGUGGGCGCGCUGGCCAACGCCGUGUUCCUCGCCGCGCUCUGCUUCUCCGUGUCCAUGGAGUCACUGAAGAGGCUCGCCCUGCCGCAGGCCAUCGAUGAGCCGCCGCUCGUGCUGAUCGUGGGCUCGCUGGGGCUCGCGGUGAACGUGCUCGGGCUCGUCAUCUUCCAGGACUGCAGCUGCUGCGUGCGCGCGACGCGACGGAACGACGCUCCUGUGUCGCGCGAGGCGGAGGAGGACGCAGACCUGCAGCAGAAGAAGACCAGGAGCGACGGACCUCCUCUGAACAUACGGGGUGUGUGUCACGUCUCUCUCUCUCUCUCCGCAGGUGUGUGUCAUGUCUCUCUCUCUCUCCGCAGGUGUGUGUCACGUCUCUCUCUCUCUCUCCACAGGUGUGUGUCACGUCUCUCUCUCUCUCUCCGCAGGUGUGUGUCAUGUCUCUCUCUCUCUCCGCAGGUGUGUGUCACGUCUCUCUCUCUCUCUCUCUCCGCAGGUGUGCUGCUGCACGUGUUGAAUGAUGCGCUGGGUUCAGUGGUGGUGGUGGUGGCCUCGGCUCUGUUCUGCGUGUGGCCCCUGGCCCCUGAGAGCCCGUGUAACUGGCAGUGUUACGUGGACCCCAGUCUGACGCUGGUCAUGGUGGUCAUCAUCAUGUCGUCCGCUGCUCCUCUGGUCAAAGAGACGACUGGGAUCCUGCUGCAGAUGAGUCCUCCUGACCUGCCGCUCACCGCCGUCUUGGACAGUGUGUGCAGUCUCCCCGGUGUGGUCAGCGUUCACCAGGCUCAUGUCUGGGAGAUAGCUAAAGGACGGAGCGUGGCCUCGCUGCACGUCAGAGUGUCGUCUGACCUGGAUCCAGCUCUUCAGACACAGAUCCAGCAGCUGUUCCACGGCGCAGGCGUCCACAGCGUCACGGUUCAGCUGGAGCGAGCCGACGGAGAGAUGUCCUGCUGUCAGAGACACGAGCCAGAUACAGAAGCAAACAUCAGCUGAACACAGCGAGAGCUUUCUCCAGCCGUGAUGAUGACAGAACAGACAUCUCCUCACACCCGUCCAGACUCCAGCUGAUGAUUCCUGUGUUAGUGUGAGACGUGUCUCUGCUGCUUUCAUUAAUCAGCAGAUUAUUUAUUGCUCCGAAUGAGAGACACGUCCAGCUCAUACUUCAGCCCAAACACAUGAUCGAGCCAGUGUCACGAGUGUGAAGAAGAGAAACACAAUGAUAGUAUUUGCUGUAGUGCCUCUACUGCUUAUGCUGAUAUAUGUAAUAAAUAAUCUUUAUUACAGUAA